AUGAAUGACAACGAUUCCUUCGAAACAGCUGUCUUUUCUGUGGAGUCGAGUCGGACUCCGGAUGCAAGAGCGAGGGACAACCAGAUCAGACAGAUCCAGGAGAAAAUCACCAACGUGGAGAAGCAUUUCGGUGAGAUGUGCCAGCUGUUUGCCUGUUACAUGCGUAAAACAGCCAGGCUACGGGACAAGGCCGACCUUCUGGUUCAGGAAAUCUGCCUGUACGCAGACACUGAAACGCCAAAUCUAAAGAGGGGUGUAAAGCAGUAUGCUGACCACCUGGCCAAGAUUCAAGACUACCGCCACGCUGGGCUGGAAAGACUUGAAGCCAAAGUCAUAGAGCCAUUGAAGAGUUAUGGAGCUGUUGUGAAACGUAAAAAGGAGGAUCUGAAGACGACUCAAAGUGCCAGAGAGAGCGAAGUCAAACAGAUGGCUCUGCUCGAGAGGACCAGAAAUAAGAACCCCUCAGACAGACAAAUAAUUUAUCAGGCUGAAAGUGAUCUCCAGAAAGCCACCAUAUACGCCAAGCGGAAAACCAGGCAGCUGGAGGAGACCAUGAAUGAGUUUGAGAAGCAGAAGAUCCAGGACAUUAAGAAAGUAUUUAGUGAGUUUAUGACAGCGGAGAUGUCAUUCCAUGCCAAGGCCUUGGAGGUCUACACCUUGGCCUACCAGAGCAUUCAGAGUGUGGAUCAGGAGGAGGACCUGGAGGUGUUCAGGAGCUCACUGCACCCCCCUGACCACAAGUCACGCUUAGACAUAGUGCGAGCAAAUUCCAAAACGUCCCACAAUCGGCAUGUUUCCUUCCAGAGCAAAUCAGGAACCAUACUGCAACGAAGAGCUUCCAUUUGGCUGACAAGAGGUGAGGAUGAGGACGAGGACGAGGACGAGGACGAAGACAAAGAUGAAGGUGAAUACAAAGAUAGCUGA